GCCAGGAGAGACGCGGGGCGCGCAGGUGACCCUCCCCAGCGCGGUCAGCGGGCCACCACCGGCCUCCGGACCGCUUUUGCCCCACGCCGGCCUAGUCGGCGCCCGUCAGAAGAGGUCGCCUGCUGACACUGCCCCCGGGAUCGCCAGCAGUGCCCUCGCGGCCGCGGGAGCCGAAUCCUGGCGCCGAGCGCGGCCGGGAGUGGGCGGAGGGGAGCGUCUCGGAGCGGCCCUGCGGGGCGAAACUGCCAGGAUGUGAAAAUGAAGAAAGGACUUAACAACUAACAAUGAUGCUCUUGAGCCACGGUUCCUCAGCUGUCAGAUCACGCAAUUUGUGCCUCAUGGUGUACCUGAGUCUAAUGUUCAUCACUUCACACAAUCUUCCUGAUGGAAGUUGUAAUUUAAAGAUGACAUUUCGAGAUUUCCGGUUAAUUCUAUCAUGGGAAUUAGAAAAACAAUCCACCGUGCCAACUCACUAUACAUUAUGGUAUACAGUCAUGAGUAAACCAGACGAUAUGGAGAUUAUUGAGAGCUGUACAAAUGUCACCACGCCAUUUUGUGAUGUAACGGAUGUGUGGAAACAAGCGUUUGAGACCUAUGUUCUCAAAGUGCUGGGAUUCCGAGGGAAAGCAAUGCUGUUCAACUGCACCAGCUCCGCCUUGUCCACCAACAUAUUGUAUGAGCCACCGGAGUUUGAGAUUGUUGGCUUUACAGACCACAUUAAUGUGAUAGUGAAAUUUCCACCUAUUGCUCCCAAGAUUUAUGGGGAAGAAAUACGGCACCAUUUAUCACUUUGCAUCAAAGAAGAAUCCAUGGGGAUUGUUAAGAUGCAUGAACCCAAAAUAAAUGGAAACACCACUGGAAAUUUCAACUAUGUCAUUGACAAUUUAAUUCCAAACACAAACUACUGUAUAUCUGUUUAUUUUAAACCUAAAUAUCUGGAAACAAGAAUACAGUCUCCCUCAAAAUGCACCUUCCUUCGCCUUGACCAGGAAUCAGAAUCAUCCGAAAAUGCCAAAAUAAGUGUGAUAAUCACUGUGUUUUCAGUAGUCUUCGUCCUCCUAGGCACCAUCGUACUACUGAAGCGAAUUGGUUACAUAUGCUUAAGAGAUAAUUUUCCCAAAGUCCUGAAUUUUCAUAACUUUGUAGCCCAGAUAUUUCCCGGUCUACCACCAACAGAAGCUGUGAAUGCAGUAGAAGUCAUUUCUGUCAACAAAAAGAAGAAAGUAUGGGAUUAUAAUUAUGACGAUGACAGUGACAGUGACCAUGAAGUAGCUCUCAGAACUAGCGCCGGUGGUUACACUAUGCACGGACUGACCAGCAGGCUUCUGAGCCAGGUCUCCGCUGCCUCCCAGGAGCCUGAGAUGGAAGGCUCCGAAGCUGAGGAAUCUGAUCCUUACGAGGCUGAGCCUGAGCCCCACCCCGGGCCCCCUACGGUGCCAAAGCCCAGCCCCUGCCACACAAGUGGUCCCUAUGAGAGGAGAGAGAGCUUGAGCCAGGACUCUUUUCCUGAGGACAACUGCAGCUCCCCUGGAGGGUCCGGGGACAGAAUUACCUUUAAUGUGAAUUUAAACUCUGUGUUUAUGAGAGCUCCUGAUGACGAUGACUCAGAAGAAUCCCCUUUGGUGUCAUCUCUUCCAGAAGAGAUCAUCAGCUUAGAAGAGGAUCCUGACCAAAUGAAAUCCUGUCUUCUGGUGGCCAGUGGGGAAAGGUCACAGUUGCUCGACCUUAGCCCCUUUUCCCAGUGCCUGUGGACUGAGGAAGAUACUCCAUCUGAUAGAAGUGAUACUUCUGAUUUUGAUGUUGACUCUGGAAGGGACGGUUAUAUCAUGAGAUGAUUCUGAAUAUAGCUCAUUAACUUGAACUAAGAAGUCCACAUAGGGUUCUCGCCCUGUACACGGACUUGUUGCCUUAUGAGCCACAGGUGGUCUGUGAGGAAAGGAGUACAAGGAGUACAGAACUGUAGGGGCUGGCCAGUUCUUCCUGAUGACAUAAUCUGUGAGCAUUCCCGGUAUGGGAAUAUACUGUAUCAUCGAGCACACUGUUUACAAGUCCAAGUGAUACAUUUUGAAGACGCAUGCUCUGCCUUCUCCCUUUAUUCUAAUAUACUUCUUAGGAAUCUCAUCUUGGUUCCCAAUAAGCAAGAUUCCCUGUGUUCUUCAGGGUGAUCUUGUCCCUCUGGCCCUGUAAUGUUUCUGGGAAACAACUGAAUUGCCAGGAUGGGAGAAGCGAGAAAGAAGGGAAAAUCCUAGCAGGAGCUAUGAGUAGUGUGAGCAGGUAGAGACCCUGAGCCCAGGAAGCUCAAGGAAUGAGCAAUAAACCAGGCUGAAGGGAUGGGUUGGAGCAGGAUUAGCUGGAGAGAAAGGAUGCAGAUGCAUAAGGAAACAAGGGAAGGGCCAGCAAUUUCAGUCAGUGGUCCCUGGGCACCUCUCAGAUGUCAUAUUGUCACCACCAAGCUGAGAACUCCACUCAGGUGCUCAUGCAGCCCUUCCCGGCUUUAAGAGUGAAAUACAGAUAUGCACAUUAAUAACUGUAGUAUCAGGCAGGACACAUUGCAUGAGGGAGAGGGAUAAAAAUCUCAGUGUCCCAUUUUAAGAUCUAAAAAAAGAACAAAAUCAAAAAUGCUUCAAGGUCUUUGGAAGAAAGGUGGCCUACAAGUCUAAGAGAUCCUGUUUGUCAAAUUUUAAAGUGCUAUGUGCUGAUUGCAAAUAUCCUCAAUGGGACCAGUUACUGUAAAUGGGGCAAGGGAGGGGGGUGAAAUCCUAGAAGUCAUGUAGCAAACAGUAUUAAGCACUGAGAGUCAGAGUCGGAGUUCUAACUGCUCAAAUUUCGCUGUAUGACCCUGGGCAUUUUACUUGGCCUCUCUGAGUCUCAACUUCUUUUAUUUUUUAAACAAAAUUUCUAAAAAAUUUAUUUUUUAGGGUGACUAUGUAAUCUCUAAGACCCUUUGAAUCUAGAAGAAGUAUUUAAAAACACACAGGAAUAAUAAAUAAAUACAGAAGUUCCACGACCCUACCAGGCUCCCAGGAAGGAUGAAAGGUUGAGGAUCUUCCCAUCUCACUCCCCUUACCCCAAGAGCAGGUUUCUCAGACCCAUUUCCUGGGCCUAUUCAAAAGGGGAAAAGCAAAAGUCAUGCAGGUCGUGGCUCAAGGAUUUUUAAUAGGUAACUUAUGUAAUUGCUGUAAAGUAACCCAAGAAGGAAACCCUUAUUUAAGAAUCUAAUGAAAUCCCUUAGGAAAGAGACCUUGUCCUACACAAAAGCCACCACUUUGCCUUCUGAACGUAUGUAUCGAAUUUUGAAAGAUUUCACAUUGCUCUUUUGAUAUGACCUCUCUAUGGUGCUAGUUUGUCGCCCCUGGCGCUUAUUUUUAAAGUUUUGUAUAACGGUUGGGUGUUUGGUAAAGGGUAAUAAUACAAGAAUACUUUUUCGUACAAACUU